UUUCAUUUUCACUUCAGCUUUCAAACCGAACUCUCGCUCUUUCUGGCUGAGGAAAUUGUUUUUAAAAAAAGAACUUUUUUCCAGGAGGAAAUUAAAAGGAAAAAAAACAAAACAAAACCCCGAACCGCCUGAGGACAUUUGGGAUGCCAUGCAUGAGGUUGGAAAACCACUUGAUCUGGAUCCAAAGCGACUUCAAAAAUACUUGAUCCUCGAUGGCUUUCUCUCUCUCUCUUGGGAUCGCUGUCAUCGGGGGGAAAAUGACCUUGAUUCUUCACAUUGCCUUGGUGAUCCACUUCCUGCUCCUUCGGAAUGCCUUUUCCUGUGAGUCGUGGGAAUACUCAAUCGGAAGGGAGUGUUGUCCCAAGUGUGGCGCAGGAUUACGAGUUUUAAGGCAUUGCACCCGUGCCACCAAUACAGCCUGUAUUCCCUGCGACUCUGGGUGGUUUACCGAGCACCCGAAUGGAUUGACAAUGUGUUUAAAGUGCCGGGAAUGUUCUCCAGAGAGUCACAUGCAAAUCAAGGAGCGGUGCCACUACACGAAGAACACAAAGUGCGGCUGCCAGCCGGGUUUUUUCUGUUUUCACCAACUGGAGGCGGAUUCCUGCGACGUUUGCGUGAGGCACACAACCGCACCUCCUGGUUAUAGGGUGACACGAGCUGGCACCGAAAAUCACGACGUGAGUUUUGAAGCGUGUCCUCCGGGGACAUUUUCAUCGAAAGAAAUGUCAUUUUCUUGUAUAAAAUGGACCAAUUGCAGUGAGAAAGGCUUGACCAAAACCCACGAGGGGACAGCAACCUCUGAUGUGGUGUGUGAGGACAAAUCUCCGAGGAACCUCGGACUAAUCUUGCCCCUCGUCUGUGCCGGUUUGCUGGUUCUCCUGACUCUGAUCGUAAUCCUCGUGGUUUGGAAAAAGGGAAAAUGCCCAUUGAAAGCCAUCUGCAAAAAAAAGGCAGAAGAACCGAAUUACAGAGUUCCGGAGAAAGAAUGUAUGGUGACCGUCAGGCCCAUUCAGGAAACCGCCCCAAAUCUUGGACAGCCGACUUACGCCAGUUGUUGAGAGAGGCGACAAGGUGCACAAUGCUAGCGAGUCGAGCCACAGCUCGUGCAUUUAUGGUGGGAACAGGGCUCUGUGGAAGCUGACUCUAAUGGAUCCCUUGGACGUCCUCCGUUGGGAUCUGUUUGAAAGGAUCCUCUUCCAGAUUCAUGGCCCAAGAUGAAACACAUGCGAACCCAAGGAAGAAGAACACUACAAACAACAACAACAACCCACAAACACACACAAAAAGUCCCACAAUUUUUCUGGGUCUCUCUGGCGGGCAUUGGAGUUCUCGCAGUGUCCGUGAGAAAGCGGGGAGGUUGGACUAGAAGAUCUCUGAGACCCCAUUCCAGCCCUAGGACUCCACGCUUCUAAAAUGAAAAGCCCCAUCUGACUGCAGGCAGUCCUCAACUUAACGACUGAGCCCAAAGUCUUUCUGUUGUUGAGCAAGACGUUUGGUUAAAUGAGAUUUGCCCCGUUCCUGGACACCGCGGUGAAGUUGGAAUCACCGCGGAAGUGCUUAGUUAAGUCGGUUGUUAAGUGAAUCUUGACUAAACCCGGGACGCUAGCUCGGGACGCUAGCCCGGGACGCUACAACCGUCGUAACCAUGAGUUCAGUUGCCAAGUGUCUGAAUUUCAAUCACGGGACCGUCAUAAAUACGAGUCAGUUGCCAAGCAGAUUCAAUUUUGAUCUGUUGCUAAGCAAGUUUUGCCCAGAGGUGGUAUUCAGCCGGUUCAAGCCGGUUCAGACCGGUUCUCCCGAGCCGGUAGCAGAGAUUGCGGGUGGGCCUGCCCACCAGCCCCAGCUUCUAGUGUUACUAUUUAGACACGUUUUCUAGCCCAGGCGCAUGCGCAGAAGGCUUAUAAGCAAUCAAAGCCCAUGCGCAAAAGGCCGGGCGCAUGUGCGGUGAACCGGUGGUAAAGGUAAGUGAAACCCACCCCUGGUUUUUGCCCCAUUUGGCCAACUUCUUUGCCACCGUUAUUAAGUGAAUCACUACAGUUGAUCAACGAGUAACCUGGUCGUUAAGUGAAUCGGGCUUCCCCCCCCCUCCUUGACUUUGCUUGUCAGAAAAGGAGAAUCACGUGACUCCGGGGAACGCUGCCACCGUCAGAAAUGCGAGUCAGCAGCCGAGACUUCUGAUUUUGGAUCACGUUUUGGCCACGGGGGAGGCGGGGUCGUAAGUGUGAAGAACGGUCCCAAGGCAGGUUUUUUUCCAGCGCCGCCGUGACUUCGAACCGUCCCUAAACAAACUGCUGUGACAUAGUACCUGAAUAGAAAAAAAAAAAUUAAAAAAUGGGAUGGAAGGUGCGUUGACGUUCGUUUCGUGAUUUCGGUGAAGUCCCCGUGCGGGCGUCCGAUUCCCACGCUCGGAAAAAAUAUAUAUAUUUCCAAACUUUGGAAAAAGUUUCUAAACUGUUCCUGGACUUUCGACAGAGAAUCCCUGGGCCAGGAUUCUCCCGUGUUGGAGGAAAAAAAACACCGAAGAACGCUUUAAUUGUUCUGUUCAAUCCACCCUGCUGAUCAAUAAAACAAAUUUUUACUCCGAA